AACCUUUUUGUAUUCAAUAAAUGAAACAUAGCUUUUUUUAAAGAAAAGACGAAUUUAUUUGAAUACUCGAUUAGAACAAAACUGAGAAAAAUAUACUUUGAUUUCUACAGAAUACCGAACUAUAAUAGUAGACGAUUAAAAAAACUGUUUAAAUUGAAAAAAGCUUUAUUCCAUUAUACAAAUAAUAUUCAUUUUACUAUAUCUCUUUUAUCAAAUAUAAUGUUAAACUGGGGAAAGUUAGGUUUAGUUAGCCUAUUAGAAAAACUUUACAACAAAAAAACAAAAAUUAACGUAGUUGAAUCUAAAGCUUUAUAUCUUAAUAGUGAUGUAUUUUCAUCAGCCGUUGCGUUAAAAUUAACAGACAGAAAAAACAAAGUAGUGAGAGUAUUACGAAAAGCCGUUUUACAAAUGGCAAAAAUCGCGGAUUUACAUACUCGUAUUACUUUUGACGAUAAUACGGAAACACUAAACAAAAAUAAUGUUAUUAACAAUAUAAAACAACAAGUGGUAAGUGGUGUUAGAUUUGAGGCGUCUGGUAGAUUAACAAGAAGACUAACUGCUAUGAGAGCAGUAUUUAAAUAUAGAUAUGCAGGUAGUUUAAAAAACAUCCGUUCUUCUUUUAAUAACGAAUCAGCUACUAUGCUAAGAGGUUAUCUUAAAGCUAAUUUACAACACAGCUUAAUUAAUUCAAAAACUCGGAACGGUACGUUUGGUCUAAAAAGUUGAGUAGCUAGUCAUAUAGUAAAUUUUUUUAAAAAGUGUUCUGUUUAGUAAAAAGAUUUGUUGCUGGAUUCAUUAGUAGCGUUUUCACUGCAGCUGGUUUUUAUGCACUAAGAUUCAUUCUUUGG